AUGAUGACCCCAACCGUCGCCCCAAUUCAAGCUUCGGAAUUCAACGUGGACCAAGUUGAAGGCAUGGUAAGUGUAAUAAUUAAUAAUAAUGUUUUAAUAAUAUAAUAAUGCUAUAGAUUAAUAAUGUUUAUACUGUGAAAUUCUUGUAUAACGUACUUCUUUUUAUAACCAACUUCUCCAUAACAAACUUAACUAUAAUAUAAUACAGUAGAACUCCUGUAUAACAAACUGCUCGAGGACUGGAAAUAUGUUCGUUAUAAAGGAGUUUCGUUAUAGAGGAGAUCGUUAUACAAGAGUUCUACUAUACAAUAGCUUGUAUAACAAACUCUUGUAUAAAGGUCUCUUCUAUAACAAACUCCACUAUAACUAACUCUUCUAUAGCAACAAUCUUGUAUAGCACACUCAUCUUUAACAAACUCUUCUAUAACAAAUUCUUGUAUAACAAACAAACUGAAAAUUCCGUAACUAUUGGUUACACGGGUGUUCUACUGAAUGUAAUUGUGAACCUGUUACUGCAAUGAUAAUUUGAGCUAGAAUUCGUUUCAAAUUGUAUUAAUAGUGAAACUCCUGUAUAACGGAAACCUUGUAUAACAAGCGUCUCUUAAACCCACGGUUACUGUUACGCAACGCGUUUAAGGCUCUAAGAUAAAGAAACUCUGCUCUAAUAAACAAAUUAAAUAAAGAACCCUGAGCAAUUUGUUAUACAAGAGUACCCUCUAUUUCUCUGAUUUGAUGCUGUAAAGUCUAUCCUUACCGUAUCUCAUCCUACUCUACCUUACCUUGUCUUGCCUUAACCUACCUUACUCUACCAUACUCUACCCUAUCUCUUGCCUUACCUUUCUCUACGAUAAACUAUCCUACCUUGGUCUACCUUACUAUAACAAUACUCUUUUGUUGCCAUUGACAAUUUCAGUUUAUUAUUAAAAUUUUUAUCAAAUACAGUCUCCUGUACCAUCUUUUCAUGUUUUAAGUCUAGAACAAUAUCUAAUUUAAUGAUAAUUUGGUAACAAAACGUAUAAUAAACGUAUAUAGUUUGAAAAAGCUUCACAAAAUAUACAUCUUUAUAUGCUUUAAAAAACACGCAAUAAAUUUAAAUUGAACUUGUAAACUCCAAUUAAAAUUUGUAAAAAAACAACUCAUAUCUAACACUGUUGCUUCAAAACCCAUCUAAACAAAAUAAAAAAAACUAAAAUAAUUUUGUACUGUAAUGGUAAUAUAAAAUAGUAAUAUUAUCUUUUUCAGCGUUUGAAACAAGCCGCCAGCAAAGCUAUGGAAAGAAUUGCUUUUAGCAAUUUGAUGAUGAAAAUUGAAGCCUGUGAAGAAGAUACAGGCUUCAUGCUAACUGAGGUUAAAUAUAAUCUCACCUAUCAGCUUCAGAAAGCUGAAAAAGAAAAAGAAGGUAAGUUUUGACACACAUUAACAUAACAUUAUAUUUGUAAUACCAUAGUUAAACAAAAACUACAAUAUCUUUUAACAAAACUUACUGCAACCUAUUGAUCAUAGAAUUACUGUAACAAACAACAUAACUUUUAUAAUAACAAAUAGUUAAAAGUUUAACAAAGCAUUGUAUCUUCAGUUCAACAAUGCCAAGCGUCCUACGCUUCUUGGCCAACAUACGGCCAUACACCUUCCCCAGCACGGUACCAAGGUGUACCAGUCGACCAAACAGUACCCAACACCCCGGUGCGGCCUUAUCAACAAAUGGCUCCAAUGACGCCAGUCCGCCAAAUGCUAGCAGCAGCGGUACCACCGGUAUCACAGCACACCCCUGUGCCGCAAAUGGUACCAGUACCUUACCCGAGAAUGGUACCGGUACCUUUUUCAACCACUGAAAUGGUACCGGUGGCUUAUCCCACCGCCAAGAUAAGCCCGGUGCCCCAUCCCGCUUCAUGUGAGGUACCAGUACCAAAUGCUGUUUCAGAAUCAGAAAUAGAUUCUAAAAUGGUACAGUUUGGCCUAGCCAUCGUAGGGGCAGCGGCUCCACCAGUACCUCCACCGAGAUCAACUGUACUUGCUCCGCUCACACCAAGGCAUACUGUAUAUCCUACAUUACCAGCUGCAUCACACACACCAGCAGGCCACUCUACAGUAGUAACGACGCCAAGUGCUCCAGUAAGACAUAUACUGGUGCCUCAGCAUAGAAUGGUACCUAGUACCCCAAGUGUUACAGUAUGUACGUCAUCAACAAAGAUGGUAGAUUGUACUACACCAAUUAGUACAGUACCGACAACACCGUUGAAUAGAAUGGUACUACGUACCCCGAACGGCCCAGUAUUAGCAGCACCAAGAAAGGCCAAAAGUAGAUCGCCGCCAGAAACACCCAAGACUAGACCAAUCAAAAGGAGAGCAUCUCCACAUGAAAAUGAAUGUAAAAGGCCGACGAAGAAGGCCAAGCCCGGCCAAAGCUUGAUCACUGGCUUUUUUAAGGCUCAGUCAUAA